AUGUCAGUGAACGACUCUAUAAAGAACGAGGCGCUUGCAAAAGAAAAAAGCCCUCUUCCACCCUCUUCUUCAAACUUUGCUUCUGAUCCACAUAUGCACUUUGUUGAAGAAACGGGAAAGUGGACGUACACAAGCGAGGAUGGAAAUACCUGGGAAUAUAAUGAAGAACAACAGCAAUGGUGCCAAAUGGCAAAAGUUUUGUUGAAACUUCAACAACUUGCUUAUUCGGUUCCUGGUGUCGACGAAAGUGAACCUGCUAACCCAAACAUACGAGAAAAACGAAAAAAGGUUUACACUGUCGAUGAUACUGAUCAAAAUGGAAAAAAAAAAAAACCGAAUAAUUCACAAAAGAAAAAACCUGCAAAUACUUCUGUAUAUGUCAGCGGACUACCACCUGACGUUACUAUCGAGGAAUUGGCUGAAGUUUUCUCGAAGUACGGUGUUUUGUUAGAAGACUUAAAUUCUGGUGGACCAAAAAUUAAACUUUACAAGGAUGAUCAUGAUCGCCUAAAAGGUGACGCUCUCGUGACUUAUUUUAAAGAGGAAUCUGUUCUUCUUGCUUGUCAGCUCUUGGACGAAACUGACCUUCGCCCGAACGAAGCUUCCAAAAUACGAGUACAAAAGGCACAAUUUAAAGAGAAGAUGCCAAAGCCUUCGGAAGAAACCAACAAUAACUUAGUAAAGCAAGAUAAGAAAAAAGUCCAGAAAAAAUUGCAUCAACUUGAAAAAAAAUUGGAUUGGUUUGAAGCUGAACCAGGAAAAAAGGCUGAAAGAUAUAGUAAAAUCGUAAUUCUGAAGUAUAUGUUUACAUUGGAAGAAUUGGAGAACGAUGUUAGUUUAAUCUUGGAUUUGAAAGAGGACAUUCGCGAAGAAUGUCAAAAGCUAGGAGAAGUAACAAACGUGGUAUUAUAUGAUAAAGAACCUGAUGGUAUAGUGUCUGUUAAAUUUAAAGAUCCAUUAAGUGCCGAAGCAUGUGUGUUGAAAAUGAAUGGUCGAUUUUUUGCUGGACGUAAAAUUGAAGCAGAAAUAUUUGAUGGUAAACAAAAGUAUCAGAAGACUGGUUCCAAGUCAAAUGAAACCGAAGAAGAAGAAUCUGCUCGAUUGGAAAAAUAUGCAAAGUGGUUAGAACAAGAUAAUGGUGGACAUCAGCCAUAA